AAGCAAAAAAAACCGACCGAAAUUUGAAUUCGUAAUUUCCAAGCGGUCGUAAUGCAAUAAGUGUUCCCGCCAUUGCUAAUCAUCAUAAGCUUACUCAGAACUCAACUCUUGGCUAAAUUUGCAGAGUAUCCGAGAGAACAUACGACGCAUAUAGCAGUUCAAGUGUUGGUCAUUUUGAUGAACCUGAUAUGGAGCAACUACCAGGAGCUGCUCCUCAUGGGAAUUUUCAGCCUGACAAAGUUGUAACUGGCGAACCUACAUUCAUCACCCUUGAUCUUGAAACUACUGAUUUGAUACGUGGUGGCAUAAUGCCACAUAUUACACAGAUUGCUGCAGCUGACAUCAAAUCAAACACCUGUUUUGCGGUCUACUGUAAGCCCAAAGUUCCAAUUUGUUCUGAGGUACAGAAAAUUACAGGGAUAUCACUUAAUGAUGAUGGAGAUAUGGUUGUAAAUGGCCGUUGUGUCGAAUCAUUGGAUAUCAAACUUGCCCUCGAACAACUGUGUACCUGGCUGCUGAAUUUCAAAACUUCAAAACUUUACAUUAUUGCCCACAAUGGCCAAAUGUUUGACAUGCCAGUGCUAAUGACUGCAUUGAAAAAAACUGGAACAAUCAAUUCCUUUUUGAAGGCAGUCAGUGGCUGUAUAGACAGUCUGAAAGUGUUCAGGAAAAAGUUUCCAAAUAGAUCCCAUAAACAGAAAGACCUUGUGUUUGAUCUUCUUGGUAUGACGUAUGAAUCCCAUAAUGCUGAGGGUGAUGUGAAGGCACUUGGCAAACUAGUGAAUUUGUGUGAAAGCUCAGAACUACUAUCAGCUAGCUUUUCCCCAUUGGCUGUAAUAAAUACACUUUAAGUUGUAAUGCAUAGAAAUGAAAAAUGUGUCACCACUAAACAUUCUUCUGUGGCCGGAGAACAUUGUAGAACAAGGUUGGAAUAUGGGACAUCUGAAUGUUAUAUAGUCUGGAAAAGAUGGCCUGCAUGACUGUUUUAUUCUGAAAAACUGUGAGGAACUGAGGGUUGCCUUUGGGAAGUUCUAAAAAGGAAGUCGUUCAAAAGUUAAUUUGGGGAAUCUUGAAACUGAUCAAAGUUUUGUUGAAACACAUACGAUGCUGUAAAAUCGUCACAUAAUAUUUAUGUUGUACAUUUAUUUCCUUCAGUCUGAAUAUAGAUAAAUGAGGAUUGGUUUUACAAAAUAGUGUUCCUUCUGAAACAUAUUUGCCUUUUGAUGCCUAAGACACUUUUCUCAAGGAUAAAAUGCACAAAUGAAGCAAAGGUUUUGCUAAUAUUCAUGAUGGCAAAAUAAUCUCUAAAAGCUGGAUGUAAUGUUACCUGUUAAAUCUUCAUUGUUCUGCCAUUUGCUUUUCAGAACCUUUUUCAUUCCAUGGAAUUCGUGAAAAACAUAAAUUCUCAUGGAACAAAAACGACUGGAAUAACACGUCACAUGCGCACACACGGAAUUGUUAGUUUAUACCAAUCAGAUUAUUUGAUAUUUUCCUGCACAUGAAAUGUUCACCCUUAUCAAUCAUCCAUCCAUCUGUUGGUCCAUUCAUCUAUAGAGGAACAAAAGAAAAAAGAGACUCUUUAGCUUAUAAUUAGAGAAGGGCCUGUCACGGUUUUUCAAGGUAACGCAUUAAAAUGAUAGUCUACUUCAUUUCAGUA